AACGCAACCAUCGUGCAGUCAACAUCUCAGGACUUCCGUCUCAAAAGUUCCUCAGCGAGUUCUCCUACGAGUUCUAAAAACACAAACAAAAUCAACACAAUGGCCACCAAAUACGAGAUGUCCAAGACCUACCAGUACCGCAAGGUGAUGAAGCCCCUGCUGGAGCGCAAGCGUCGUGCCAGAAUCAACAAGUGCCUGGACGAGCUCAAGGAUCUGAUGGCCGAGUGCGUGUCCCAGACGGGCGAUGCCAAGUUCGAGAAAGCCGACAUUCUGGAGGUCACUGUGCAGCAUCUCCGCAAACUGAAGCAAGCCAAACUCCAGCAGCCCCAGCCGGAGCAGAGCUUCCGCGCCGGAUACAUCCGGGCAGCCAACGAAGUGUCCCGCGCCUUGGCCUCCCUACCAAAAGUUAAUGUAGCUUUCGGCACCACUUUGAUGACCCACCUCGGAAUGCGCCUGAACCAGUUGGAGCAGCCCAUGGAGGAAACCCAGUCAAUGAACACUCCACUCUCCAUCGUCUGCGGCAGCUCCAGUUCAAGCUCCAGCUCGUGCUCUUCCAUCAGCCCAGUCUCCAGCGGCUACGCCAGCGACAACGAAUCCUUGUUGCAGAUCAGCAGUCCCGGACAGGUGUGGCGCCCCUGGUAAAUAUCCCAGAAACCUCGGGAUAUCACAGCUUCAACUACGGGCAAUUACGCAAUGGAUAUGCAGCUUUAGAAAAUGCUUUACAAUGA